GGUCAUGAGAGUUUCUCAAAGGUUUUUAGCCGCACUCAGAAUCACAUUAUCAGACUGCACUGAGAUCAGCUCACAUCUGACGCUCUCUCAAUCUAAUUAUCCAAAUCAGUGGUUUUGUCAGGAUGUCUUACGGUGGAUCAGGUUCGAUGCCACGUGGUGAAUUCAGUGUUCACUUUGCCAGCAGACGAGGAGGAUACAUUAGAGCAGAAGAGGCGGCGGGCAUCGCUAUUCUGGCUGUAAUCCUCACAGCUCUGCUCAUUCUGGGCUGCUGGUAUUACCGCAAACGCAACGGGUACAAAAUGAUCCGGAACGACCGUGGCGGCGGACAGACCUGGAGAGAGAUGAUGCGAUCGGGUCAGUUCAGCGAACCUGGAUCAGGAGAGGAAAACAAAGUGGCCUUAAAUGAACUUCGCAACCUCCAACCAGUGAUCCCUAACGCUCCUCCAGCAUAUGAGAAGAUCGCUUCUGGACCUUCAUUGCCUCCGUAUUCACCAUAAAGUCUAAACAGUGGAAAAUCAGUGGAGCUCUGCAAUGUUUAGGGUGUAACAAUGAAUGUUCUCAAAGCUCAGCAGCUACAUGCCUCUCUUCACACCUGAUCAUCUGCUACUUGUCAAAAUUAUCGGACAGUAAAGAUUUCUGACACUGAAAUGCCUUUUCAACAUACUGCAUGGAUUGGUUUAGUUGUCAGAAAGUUUUGGUUAUACAUCUAUUUUAUUAACUCACUGCUUGAUAACCUUUUAAAUAAACAUCUUGUUAAAACAAUACCACAAUAUCAUUCACCCACCUAAGCCUAUUCUAAAUGCUGUUCAAUAUUCUGUCUAAAAGCAUCAGUCAAAAUUAGGGAGCAACUAGGGCAGGUAGAGAUAUUUCGCAUAUGUAAAUUAGUUUUCACCCAAGUCUGAGGAAGAAAAUGUGGUUCCAGUGUGAAGGUGUAAACGUGGCAAAAUUAAUGCAUAUUCAAACAACAAUGUAUAUGUGUGUUUAUUCCCACACAUUCACAGUAUUGUCUACUAAUGCCCUGUUACUGCAUAUUUGUAACUGUUUUAAAUCAAACUUAUGCCUGUAUGUUUCACUUAUAAAUGAAAGAUGAACCAUUUUAAAAGUGAACAACAGUAAUAUAAAGCAUACCUGCAUGUCCUUGAAGAUUCAGAUUGAGAUCCUGAAGAUUGUGAGUAACGAGGAGACUGGGACAUUUCUGGAGUACCUUCAUGAAUUAAGUUUUCAUGAAGAGAUAAUGCAUUUCUUAUGCAGCCAUUAAACAGGUGCCAUUUCACUGUCAGGCACUAUUUGGUGUAAACACUUUAAUAAAACAGUGUAA